CAGGAGGUCUUCAGAGUCCAGGGGGGUGGAGGGAGGGUCUCGUCAGCAUAUUCGUCAAAAAAAAAUCAGCCAAUCUCAAUAAUUUUAAGAAUGCUUAAAAAGCAUACAAAGUAUAUUUCUUCUAAUGUCUAAAAUUAGCAGCUCCUUAUUUUGGAUUAAGAAUAGCCCUUUAGUCCUGUAAGACAGGACCAGAUGUUCAGAACUGGGUGAAGAGAGGUGGGUUUAAUGAGGUGGGAUUGUUCAAGCUAGUCACUGCUUGCUUUCACACUACAGAUGAUGUUAAGUCUUUUGGACUCUUAUCACUUGAUUUUGAAUACUUUCUUCCUGCCACCCCGCAAGAACCUGGACACAGGUGCUGGGACAACUAAUGUUCUCCAUCUAACAAGGCCUUAGCUUCCACACACCCCACCUGCUUUUACGGAGAGCUUCCGUUGUUUUUCUCUUUCAGCUUCUUUCAUUUCAUCCUAAAUCCCUUCCCUGCCAGACUCUUCCCCAUCUACCCUCGUUCCCUGCUAUCCGCCCUUUGCCCACUUCUCAGCGGAGCCUUCUCUGGCUACUCCAGCCCUUGCUCAUUGCUCUUUUUUGAGCUCUUGCUCCACUUACUAACCAUCCCCACACGUUAGUUUUUUCUCUUUUAAUUGAUGGGAAUCAGUCUGAUCUCUUCAGUGAUACGGUAGGGCUCUGUGGGGCCUUGUGUUUCUUCCAUGCCUCCACAGCACAUGGAGCCAUCUGAGACAGUGGGUGCUCAGUAAUCCGUGCUGGCCCCCAGCCACACCUGGUGGGGCAGCUGGCUUCAUAUAAGUGGCUCCGAGGAGUGGGAGGGGGCUGCAAGGAGGAGCUGGAGACGGAGAAUGAACGCAGAGCUUGGGCAGCAGCAGCAAGCUGGGGGCCAAAGGGGCCGUAGUUCUGGGGAUAAGAAGUCCAAAAAGCGUAGCCGGCGCAAAGAAAACUACUCAGUGUAUAUCUACAAGGUGCUCAAGCAGGUGCACCCCGACAUCAGCAUCUCUUCCAAGGCCAUGAGCAUCAUGAACUCCUUUGUGAACGAUGUGUUUGAGCGGCUGGCCAGAGAGGCCACCCAGCUGGCCCAGUACUCUAGCCGUACCACCCUGACCUCCCGGGAAGUGCAAACGGCUGUGCGCCUGCUCCUGCCCGGGGAGCUGGCCAAGCAUGCUGUGUCCGAGGGCACCAAGGCUGUCACCAAGUACAUCAGCUCCAAAUGAGCAAGGCUUG